UGUUAGAAUUAAAAGUUACAUUUUAGAAAUUUAAAUAACUUUUUUAAUCCAAUACAAUUUUUAUGAUGAAAAACAUUUCUUUAUAUCAAUAUAACAGAUUUAUCAGAAAAAAUAAAAAGAUACAUAUUUUUAUUUUGAUAACUCUUUUAAACCAUAUAUCUCCUAAAAUUAACAUACACAUAUAUUAUUUAACAAAUACUACUCAAUUUUAGUAAGAAAUUUUUGGAAUAUUUUAACUAUGUUUUAAAACUAAUUAAAAAAACACAAAUUUUAAAACAAUAGAUUUUAGAGGUGAUGUUGAAAAGACACAAAUAUAAUUUGAUAAUUUAUUUUCAACAAAUGCAAUUUUUAGGAUGAAACAAUACAACCUUUGACAUUAAUUGAGAUUGCUAUUAUACAUAGAUAGAAAAUUUGGUUUCAAAACCUACUAACUUAGUAUUGAAAAAUAGACUUGAUUUAAAUUAAAAAAAUUGGCAAGAACCAAUAAAAAAAUCUGAAUUAGUUAACAUAUAUCGGUUAAAUUUGUUUUCUAUUUGUAAUGGUCUGUUUUACAAUAUUGAACUGCCAAGUCCCUACGUUGGUUUCACCAUUCCAGCAAUAAAUAUAUGAUUAUGGUGUUAAAACGUCAAAUAUGUUAGUUAAUAUGUGGUCAUAUUAAUUAUACAGUUCGUGUAAUUAUAAGUGCUAUAAUAUUAUUUAGAUAUACGAUGGUUUACACUUGGUGUACAAUCAUUUUUCCAUUUAUAUAUUCCCUUGCAUUUUUGUAUUCACAAAGUACAUGCCAAUCACUAAAAACCGUAACCGCAUAUUGCAAGUAGUUAAAAGAUUUGGCAGAUUCCGUCUCUAAUUCAAUAAUGUUGUUAAACUACGUCACAACUUUUAUAGUAAUUAAUUAACUACGAAUUUAAUUGGUUAAGCCGGAAUCAAAAGUCAACCCUAAGCAUCCUCUUCAUUCUUUUAAUAGAUACAAGAGACAACAAUUUUUCUUAUUCGAAUCUUGCUUUCCUUCUAAGGUCUCUCAACAUGUCUGGAGCUAUAACAUGCUCCGCAGCCGAACUCUCCGCUCUGCUCGGCCCCAACGCCACGGCCGCGGCUAACUACAUCUGCGGCCAACUAGGCACCGUCAACAACAAGUUCACCGAUGCAGCCUACGCUAUAGACAACACCUACCUCCUUUUCUCAGCUUAUCUCGUCUUCGCCAUGCAGCUCGGCUUCGCUAUGCUAUGUGCUGGCUCCGUUAGAGCCAAGAAUACAAUGAACAUCAUGCUCACCAAUGUCCUUGACGCUGCAGCCGGAGGAAUCUCUUACUAUCUCUUUGGUUACGCCUUUGCUUUUGGCGAGUCCUCCGGUGGAUUCAUUGGAAUACACAACUUUGGUCUUAAAAACUACCCCACUUCUACCUCGGACUACUCCUUCUUCCUAUACCAAUGGGCGUUUGCAAUCGCAGCCGCUGGGAUUACAAGCGGAUCAAUAGCUGAGAGGACCCAGUUUGUGGCGUACUUGAUAUACUCUUCUUUUUUAACUGGUUUCGUUUACCCGGUCGUGGCGCACUGGUUCUGGUCCCCGGACGGAUGGGCUAGUCCCUUCCUUUCAGAAAACCGCUUGUUUGGUACCGGAGCAAUUGACUUUGCUGGCUCCGGUGUUGUUCACAUGGUUGGUGGUAUUGCUGGAUUAUGGGGUGCCCUUAUUGAAGGUCCUAGAAUCGGCCGGUUCGAGGAAGGGGGCCGCGCUAUUGCUCUGCGCGGCCACUCUGCCUCGCUUGUCGUCUUAGGAACCUUCUUACUGUGGUUCGGUUGGUAUGGUUUCAACCCCGGUUCCUUCACCAAGAUCCUCAUUCCGUACGAGUCUGGUUCCAACUACGGCCAGUGGAGUGGAAUUGGCCGGACAGCAGUUACAACCACUCUCUCCGGAUGUACUGCGGCUCUAACAACGCUCUUCGGCAAACGCUUCUUAUCAGGUCACUGGAUGGUAUCUGACGUUUGCAACGGGUUACUUGGCGGGUUUGCGGCCAUAACCGCAGGCUGCUCUGUGGUAGAGCCAUGGGCAGCGAUUGUCUGCGGAUUCAUUGCUUCCAUCGUCCUUAUCGGAUGCAACAAGCUCGCAGAGCUCUUAAAAUAUGAUGAUCCGCUUGAGGCUGCACAGCUACACGGAGGGUGCGGUGCGUGGGGGUUGAUAUUUGUAGGACUUUUUGCAAAUGAGAGAUAUGUAAACGAGGUAUAUGGAGCCAGCCCGGGAAGGCAUUACGGACUGUUUAUGGGCGGAGGAGGGAAGCUAUUGGGAGCGCAGCUGGUUCAGAUAGUUGUGAUUGUGGGGUGGGUUAGUGCCACAAUGGGAACACUCUUCUUCAUCCUCAAAAGGCUCAACUUGCUAAGGAUCUCGGCGAAUGAUGAGAUGAGAGGAAUGGAUAUAGCACGUCACGGUGGUUUUGCCUAUAUAUACCAUGAUAAUGAUGAUGAGUCCAUUCAGUUUCCGGGAAUGAGCCCUGGAUCUCCUUUACCUCGCCGUUCUGAUCCUCCAGCUCUUUGACUUUCAUGUUUUUUGUAAUUUUAUUCCCGUUAAGAUAUUUGGGGGUUUGCAUUUGAAAUACAAAUUGCUUUGUUUGUAUCUAUUUUGUUUCGAGUGAUCUAUUAUCUAUGUAUGUGUUUAUAUGUUUCUUCUUUCGGUUCCAUUUUCCGAUUUCUAUUAUUAUUUGACUCGUUCAAUGC